UUGUUGUUUGUACAUAGUCACCUUGUGGGCCACAGCCUGAACUUUGCAUCGAUAUCGUCCUCUACUGACGUGUAAUUUAUGCACGGACCUCUUCUUGAUUUGUAGUGAGAAAUGUUCAAAAAUGAGGGCAGAAAGGCAGUUUGGCUUGCAACAAAAAGAAUUGCAGUAAAGUCGCGAUUCUACAGCAAUCGUGCAGCAGCAAACGGAGAUAUCGUCCAGAUUUCACGGUCCAACAUCUAUCGCUUUGGUGACCCAAACUUCGCGGUGCCGGUUUUCCGCGACGUUGAAUGGACUAUCGGCGAGGGUGAAAACUGGGCUGUAAUAGGGACAGGUUCGAAGCAAAAGACAGCUCUUUUGCAGACGCUCCUUGGUCACCUACGUAUAACUCCUCCUCCGCCUUUACCUGGAGGACUAUUUCCUUUCCUCUCCGACCCUCCACGCGACCCACACACCUGCGUCUCUCUCGUGUCAUUCGCUCAUCGAUCACGCGCAGCAGGUGGUGCCUUCUAUGACUACACUUCUCGGUACGGCGCAGUUAGAGAAGAGGACCGCAUAACCCUUCGGGAAAGUAUGUUCGGAGAGUACGACUUUCUGAACAUUCAGCCAAAAGGCGGCAGGGUGAAAACUCCCAUUGAAAUUGCACAGGACGAAAUCAAGAAGGGCAUAUUUGAGGACCUAACUUCUAAACUAGGUCUUUCCUCUCUGUUGGAUUUGCCUUUGAUUGCUUUAUCAAACGGGCAGACGCGUCGAGCACGCAUUGUGAAGGCUAUUUUGUCUGAACCAGAGCUCCUCGUACUCGACGAACCUUUGACUGGCCUCGACGUCAAUACCCGCCCAAUCUUGUUGAAUGUUCUUCGGUCACUUCAUGAGUCCCGCAGUCCACGUAUCAUCAUGGGCCUCAGGAUGCAAGACCCCGUUCCUGAUUGGAUUUCACACGUCGCUUUAGUGAUGGGCGAAACUAUCUUGACAGGCACCAAAGAUGAAAUGAUGUCCAAGCACGCAGAUCACCACGCAAAAGAAGCUGAGAGAAUGGCAAGCACCACUCAGUCCUAUCUGCAGCCUGGCCUUGAUCAUGGAAAGCCAGUAGUGGACAUGCAAAACGUAAACGUGUCAUAUGGCACACGCAAGGUGCUCAAAAAUAUCAAUUGGACGAUCCUCGAAGGCCAGCGUUGGCAUCUUCAAGGUGCAAAUGGUUCUGGAAAAACUACCCUUCUUUCGCUUCUGACAGGCGACCAUCCCCAGUCUUACACUCAGCGAGGUAGUUCGAACCUCGAGUUGUUCUCCCGACCUCGACAGCAUAUCCCUACUCCGCUCUUACGUUCACUCAUUGGCGUCGUUUCACCAGAACUUGCGAAUGCAUACCCAAGGCGCGCCGGUGUCAGUGUAUUCGACGUUGUAGGCACAGGCUUUGACGGUGGUUUUGUCCCGGGUGGACCAGACGGCGUCGGGAAAGGUCUAGAGGGCACGCUCAGCGACGAAGUCAGGAAAUGGAGAGUGAAACGCGUACGCGAGGUCCUUAACGGCCUCGGUCCGGCUUCCUGGGAGUCAGACGUCAAUAGUUUCGCCGCUGGCGACGAGCUGUUGGCACAGAACGAAACAUUUUCAAAACGCGAUUUCGUGGACCUCUCUGCAGGCGAGCAGAGUGUCGUUUUGCUGAUGCGGGCGCUUGUGAGUCACCCCCAACUUGUCUUGCUGGACGAAGUUUGGAGUGGUAUGGAUGAAAAUAUGGUGCGCGCUGCGAGGCGCUACCUUUGCGAGGGCGGUGUUGGAUCUGACCAAGCGGUUGUGGUUAUCAGCCACUGGGAGGAAGAGGUGCCGUGGACGGUACGAGAGGGUCUAAGGAGAUUUAAAUUAGAUGACGGGAAAGGACAAGAAUUGUAGAACUCUUCUCCGAAAAAACGACACGAGGAGGAAUAAGCAAAUUGCCC